AUGGUGUCAUCCAUGACUGAGCUGCUGCCAUGGACCAUGUCUGUGUCUGUGGCCCUACAUCAGUCAGAGUCUGUGCCAAUGUCUGUGGCCCAUGUUGCUACCAAAGGCCACAUGGAAGCUUCAGGUCUGGCCAUAACUUGUGGCCUUGUUGGUGUCCCAAGGCCAUGCCACUGCCAGAGCCAUGCUGGACUGUGUGACCUGUGCUGCCACUGGGGGCCCUGUUUUCUCCUUGUAUUUGGUUGCUUGAUUUUGUCAGUGUUUUCUACCAUCCCUGAGCACACAAAAUUGGCUUCAAGUUGCCUCUUAAUUCUGGAGUUCGUGAUGAUCGUUGUCUUUGGCUUGGAGUUCAUCAUUCGAAUCUGGUCUGCAGGUUGCUGUUGUCGUUAUCGAGGAUGGCAAGGAAGACUGAGGUUCGCUCGAAAGCCUUUCUGUGUUAUAGAUACCAUUGUUCUUAUCGCUUCAAUAGCAGUUGUUUCUGCAAAAACUCAGGGUAAUAUUUUUGCCACGUCAGCGCUCAGAAGUCUCCGGUUCCUACAGAUCCUGCGUAUGGUGCGCAUGGACAGAAGGGGAGGCACUUGGAAGUUGCUGGGCUCGGUGGUUUACGCUCACAGCAAGGAAUUAAUCACAGCUUGGUACAUAGGAUUUCUCGUCCUUAUUUUUUCAUCCUUCCUUGUCUACCUGGUGGAAAAGGAUGCCAAUAAAGAGUUUUCUACAUAUGCAGAUGCUCUCUGGUGGGGCACAAUCACACUGACAACCAUUGGCUAUGGAGACAAAACGCCCCUAACUUGGCUGGGAAGAUUGCUCUCUGCAGGCUUCGCACUCCUUGGCAUUUCUUUCUUUGCCCUUCCUGCUGGCAUUCUUGGCUCAGGUUUUGCAUUAAAAGUACAGGAACAGCACCGCCAGAAACAUUUUGAGAAAAGAAGGAACCCAGCUGCCAACCUCAUUCAGUGCGUUUGGCGUAGCUAUGCAGCCGAUGAGAAGUCUGUUUCCAUUGCAACCUGGAAGCCACAUCUGAAGGCCCUGCACACCUGCAGCCCUACCAAGAAAGAACAAGGGGAGGCAUCCAGCAGUAAGUUCUGUAAUAAUAAGCAGAAGUUCUUCAGAAUGUACACCUCACGGAAGCAGAGUCAGAAGCUGAGUUUUAAGGAGCGAGUGCGCAUGGCUAGCCCAAGAGGCCAAAGCAUUAAGAGCAGGCAAGCAUCGGUAGGUGACAGGAGGUCCCCGAGCACGGACAUCACUGCUGAGGGCAGCCCCACCAAAGUGCAGAAGAGCUGGAGCUUCAAUGACCGAACCCGCUUCAGGCCCUCACUACGCCUCAAGAGUUCGCAGCCAAAGCCGGUGAUAGACGCCGACACAGCCCUCGGCACCGACGAUGUAUAUGAUGAGAAAGGCUGCCAGUGUGAUGUGUCUGUGGAGGACCUCACCCCACCACUGAAAACUGUCAUUCGAGCCAUCAGAAUUAUGAAAUUUCACGUGGCAAAACGGAAGUUUAAGGAAACAUUACGCCCAUAUGAUGUAAAAGAUGUCAUUGAACAAUAUUCUGCUGGUCAUCUGGACAUGCUGUGUAGAAUUAAAAGCCUUCAAACACGUGUUGAUCAAAUUCUCGGAAAAGGGCAAAUCACCUCAGAUAAAAAGAGCCGAGAGAAAAUCACAGCAGAACACGAGACAACGGAUGACCUCAGCAUGCUCGGCCGGGUUGUCAAGGUUGAAAAGCAGGUCCAGUCCAUCGAGUCCAAGUUGGACUGUCUGCUGGAUAUCUACCAACAGGUCCUCCGGAAAGGCUCUGCCUCCGCCCUCACGUUGGCAUCGUUCCAGAUCCCGCCUUUUGAAUGUGAACAGACGUCUGACUAUCAGAGUCCUGUGGAUAGCAAAGACCUGUCCAGUUCUGCACAGAACAGCGGCUGCUUAACAAGGUCAGCCAGCGCCAACAUCUCGAGAGGCCUGCAGUUCAUUUUAACGCCAAAUGAGUUCAGUGCUCAGACAUUCUACGCUCUUAGCCCUACUAUGCACAGCCAAGCAACACAGGUGCCAAUGAGUCAGAACGAUGGCUCCUCCAUGGCGGCCACCAAUAACAUUGCAAACCAAAUAAGCGCAGCAGCCAAGCCAGCAGCCCCAACAACUUUACAGAUCCCACCCCCUCUCCCAGCCAUCAAGCACCUGUCCAGGCCGGAGACUCUGCACCCAAACCCCACUGGCUUACAGGAAAGUAUUUCUGAUGUCACCACCUGCCUUGUUGCCUCCAAGGAAAACGUUCAGUUUGCCCAGUCAAAUCUGACCAAGGACCGUUCCCUGCGGAAAAGCUUUGACAUGGGAGGGGAAACUCUGUUGUCUGUCCGCCCCAUGGUGCCCAAGGACUUGGGCAAAUCUUUGUCUGUACAAAACCUGAUCAGGUCGACAGAGGAACUGAACUUGCAGUUUUCGGGCAGUGAGUCAAGCGGCUCGAGAGGCAGCCAAGAUUUUUACCCCAAGUGGAGAGAAUCCAAAUUGUUUAUAACUGAUGAAGAACUGGGUGCCGAGGAGGCAGAAACAGAUACUUUUGAUGGCACCCCACAGCCUUCGGGGGAAGCUGCUUUUACAUCGGACUCUCUAAGGACUGGAAGGUCGCGGUCAUCUCAGAACAUUUGUAAGACAGGAGACAGUACGGAUGCCCUCAGUUUGCCUCAUGUCAAACUGAACUAAGUUCUUUGUUUUCUUUCUAGGCAUAGCUGUUCUUUUAGCCAUACAUAUCACUGCAUGAACUAUUCUGAAAGCCUUUCUAAAAAGUCGAAAUUGCAAGAAUCAGGAAGAACAUGAACGGCAACUUAUAAGCCCGUUAUCUUUUAAUUGCAUGAAAAUGCAUGUUUAGGGAUGGCAGAAAUUCCAAGGUGCAUUGACAUUAACCCAUGCAUUUAGUAAUGUACCUUGAAUCUAAAAUCCCAAGCAAACAGUCGCUGCUGAUGCUAUGGGGUGUGCGAAGAUGUCGGGAUUAGUUCAAUCGCAAGAGUUGACACUGUAUUUUGAAAGUGUGAGAGUAAACACCUUCAAAUUCCAGGCAUUUCUGUUUUAUGACUAGAUACAAAGUACAUUUUCAAAAUUAGGCCAUGAUGUAUGUUUAGACACAAUGGCUUAGCAACAACUGCUAAUAACACAAGUAAAGCAGAAUUUGGAAUAUAACAGAAAUGGCUGCUUAUUUCCAGAUAUCUUUGCCAACCCAUUCCUCCUCGGUCAUUUUAUUAAUGUAAUUUGAAUGUCAAUCUGUGUGCUUUUGGUAACUUAGCGCUGUGGCAGGCAAUUUUGCACAUCAUUUUCAUGUUGUCCUUUGUGCUGAGAAUGUUUUCUAAUUAGGAAAUGGGCAGAGAAUGCUGUUCAGGCCAGUGGAGCAGGGGACUCACUCUUCCCAGGGCAUCUUCAACUUCAUGAAAACAUAGUCUCUGAUGGAGGAGUCAACUCUGUAAAUGGUCCAUCUCCUCACAUGCCUAUGAGCUCCUGAUGGGUCUAGCAGCCUGUGCCGCUGGGCUGGUCUCUCUGUGAGAACACAAGGACAGGGUUGCCCAUCCUGUGCACUCAAAUGUCCAGUGUGACCAGCUGUUCCCAUUUAGUGGGCAUGCAGGUAGGGUCUGGGGAAGGGGAUAUCUACGUGAGAUGGAGGGAAAACUUGGAAAGACUACACAAGCAUUACCACAUGGGUGACAUUAAAGGAAGGGACUCCCCACCCCCAAAGGGCAGUGAGCAGAGAAGCCAAAAUGAAAACAACUAGAUUUUUUAGAAAAUAAAUAUUGCUAGGAAGUUCAACUACCUAAACAUCUCUUAUUCUUGUAUAACAGAGAAUUUUUGUGAGCUAUUUAUUUUUAAUAUGCCCUGAGUGUCUUUUGCUAUUAUGUAGUACAUUUUGCACAGGAAAGGCUAAAACAAAACUUCCUUUACUUUCAUACUAUAGUGAACAUUUUUCUAUUCUUCCCGACAAUAUUAUCCCAAAUGUGAAAUUAUUGGCUCAGUUUCCAGGUUAUGAACAUUUAUAAUCACAAACCAGAUAACAUUGGAUGUGGCAGCCAAUCAAAACCCCUUAGUAAUGUAUUGUGGUGGCAAAGAAACAAAUUAUAUAUAUAUAUGUAUUUCUCAAAAGACAAGCAAUACUGGCUGCUUGUUAGAACUGAGCCCCACACCUGUAAUCACAGCACUGGGGAGACUGAGACAGGGGAUCAUGAGUUCAAGGCUAGCCUGGAUUAUACAGCAAAAUUGUGUCUCAAAAAUAGAGAGACAGAACUAAGUAUCUUGGACCAUCAGGGAUAUUGACCAAAGUAAUAACAUUCUAAUAGGCUUAGAGAGCCAAGUAAGCAUGCAUGCCUGUAAUCCCACUAUUUGGGAGGUAGAGGCAGGAGGUUCAGGAGUUUAAAUCAGCCUUGGCUAUAUGAAGCCUAGACUCAAAAAAUAAAAGGAAGAGAGGAAGGAAAAGUCUGAGGAAAGUUGGCUAGGCUUGAACAACCAAAGGAUUCAUGAAAGAAGACAUUUUUUUUUCUUAGCAACUAUUAGUGCUGGGGCUGGUGGGGGGGGGUGGCUUCUUUCAGUAUCCAGGCCAAAUGAGUGAAAUCUGUUUAAAGAAAGGAGUCCUCCCAAUCCGCCAGCCCUUCUCAAGGCUCUCCCCCAGCAGAAUUUUCCUUGUCACUGAGUCUCCGUUACUUUCCUCCCCUUCGCUGUUCGGUGACUCCUCACCACGAUUUGCUCUAGAACUUCACCAGGCCUUAACCAGCCUUCACCCUCAAGCAAAGCAAUUCUCUCUUCCUCAGAUGUGCUUCCCAGCCUCAGUUUUGACAAAUGGUGAAAUGCUAAAAGUCUUCCUUCUUUCCACCCCUCUAGGAUGCAUCCAGGGUGUGGUUGUACACACCUUUAAUCCCACAGGCUUGACAGGGUGGAGGCCGUAGAUCUUUGUGAGUUCAAGGCCAGCCUGUCUACAAUGUAUGUUCCAGGAUAGCCAGGGCUACCUAGAGAAACCCUAUCUCAAAAAAGAAACAAACAAGCAAACAAACAACAAACAAAUGAAACUUUCUUAGACUAUGGUACAGUCUCCUGGAGUAUAGCAUUCAGGAUCUUUUGGCCCAAGAAAACACUGAUAAGAUAAAGUGUGAAUUUUACUCUCUAUUGAAAAAUGUUUAAUCAAGCCUUUAAAGCUAUUCUUUUCAUUUUCCAAACAGAAAGCUAGUCAAUUAUUGAUGUGAUUUUUUUUCAUUUACCAAUGUCUCCAACCAACAUGAAGUAAUGAUGUACCCUUCAAACGUUUUACCCAUGUGUGUAUACACAAGACACAUCCCUCCAUUGAGCAAAAGCCAGAGAUACCUGUCUGGUACUCAACAAGAUUCACUCCAAAUAAUAGCUGAGGAAGAAGGAGCUGAGAGCUUCCAGAGAGCACUGAUACUGUCUCAGGUUGAACCCCACUGGCAGCAAGAAUUAUGAAUGUAUUGGGGACCCCUUCUUAGGCAUCCUCAGGUCUCAAACACAGUACAGUUCAUCUAACACAGCUGACGACUGAAGAUUAAGAGACAAAAGCCAAAACACAUUGCUGUGGUCUUAAGCAAAAUGUGAAAACUACAUUGUGAAAAAUGUUUGUACAUUGAAGCCAUGACCAUUUUGUGUGUUUUAUUCUAGCACAAAAACUCUUGGACAUUGCAAGAUAGGUUUUUGGCGCGUAAACUUCAGGGUUAUGUCUACUAUGCCAUUCUCUGGGGGAAUGGAGGAGGGGGUAGUCUCCCGGUUACACUUAGCAGAGACCCAAUGUUCCACCCCAAAGGGUGUGUGGGAGCACAGUUCAGCUGAGCACACAAAGUAGCCUUGUGCUUUCUUAGCUCAAGUUUGUCUGCCUUAUGCAAUGCAUAAGGUUGAUCACGCUAAUACCUACAUCAGUCAUCCAUUGUACAAGGUUAACUAAAAAAUGUUGUCAUGUCUAAUCUAAAUGUUUGCAUUUUGUUCAACCAAAUUAGUAUCUGUAGAUGGCAAGUUCAUUUAAUUUAAGAUGCUUUACCAGGUUUUCUGACUCUUUAAUAGUUUCUUCUUCGUGGGUGCCUUCCUGACCUCCCAUUGGCUCAGUUUUGUCCAGAAGGUUCUUAAUCUGAAAGUCAAACAAGCCUAAUAGAGGAGUUGAGGCACAAACCAACUAAAUGUCAUACCCAUUUCCAGAGCAAAACCAUAAAGAAUGAUGAAACCCAGGCAAACAGAUCAUUCAAUCAAAUCAAGGAAACAGCAUAAAUGCUAAUUCCCCAGAACCUGAUUUUUUUUUUGCCUUAAAUGAUAUGGUUGUGUUUUUGUAAGAGAAAUUUAAUUUAAUAUAAUUAUGUGCAUUUAAGUGAGCAGUUCUAAAAGUCAUGUAGGAAAACAAUUGUCUGUUUCCUGAAAACAACUAAAUCAGGAAUAUCAUACCCAUUUCAAGCUAUCAUUAAAAUGUAAUUUCCUUUGCUGUCUUUUACUGAGAUUAUUUGUUUUCAACUAAAACAUUAAAAAGAUGUCUAUAAACAGCAA